CGCCACUUAGGCGUUUUGCAGCCAGAAGCUCAAGUAACAUGGACCUUAUUCUUCUCUGCAUGUCCAUGCCACUAUUCACAGUGGCAUGGGGCCAAUAUGGGAACUAUUACCAUUCCUAUGAUGACUAUAGGGCUAAUGAUGAUUGGGUUAAUGUGUACCGGCAGGGUUUCAACUUCCAGUGCCCUCAUGGGCAAGUAAUUGUAGCUGUGAGGAGCAUGUUCAGCAAGAAAGAAGGGUCUGAUAGAUUGUGGAAUUAUGCCUGUAUGCCCACCCCCGAUACACUUGGAGAGCCUACUGAAUGUUGGUGGGAAGAAAUCAACAGAGCUGGACUGCAAUGGUAUCAAACAUGUUCAAAUAAUGGGCUAGUGGCAGGAUUCCAGAGCCAAUAUUUUCCAUCUGUGCUUGAUCGAGAGUGGCAGUUUUAUUGUUGCCGCUACAGCCGGAGAUGUCCAUACUCAUGUUGGAUGACAUCAGAACAUCCUGAGCACUAUGGAGAAGAUAUGGAUAUGAUGUUGUACACCUAUGAUCAUUAUAUCCGUGGAGCAACUACAACGUUCUCUGGUGUAGAAAGAGAUCGUCAAUGGAAAUUUAUUGUCUGCAGGAUGACAAAUUUUGAUUGUCAAUUUCAAAAUGCUUAAAAAUUCUGAAUAUAUGCUACACUUCAGAGUUUGGGUAGUAAAUAAAUAAAAGGGGGAAAGAGAAAAAAAGACAGGAAAGUCAAUUCAGUAAUAAAUGCAUUAAUCUCUUACAGAGGUUUGACUCUUGUAUUCCAAAAAGCUUGGUAAGUACAAUAUUGAGUUCAGCUUUUCUUUCUGCAGGUGAAUUCAUAGGUGAAUUCUUAAUUAGAGAAUAGAUUUGCUGCCUUUGGUCUCAUAAUCUCUGCAGAGCCUGUGUGCAAAGUACUUGAAUUUCCAUUGCUUUCCAUUCACAUGCCUGGUCAGUUGCAACUGCAGAAUCAAUGUUAUUUUAGGAGUAUGCAUGGCCAGUCUCUCUUCCCAUAAUAGUGGAACGUUUACCCUUAUGCUGGUGUCAAUUCUCACAUAUGUCACUACUAUUAACUGGGCAUAUGCGUAGCUGCUGGGCAGAGGGCAGUCUUUGAGAAAACUGCAGUUCAUUCUUCUGAUUUUUUUAAACUGUUACAGGUAGAUACUUACUUGUUUAAACUUGGAUAAAGUGACUUCCUUUGUUAUUUAGCUACUCUGUACAAAUACAGCUUGGUUUUGCAUAGCAACUUUAUACCCACUGCAUCCGCUUACUUACUUGCAAAAGAGCUCUCUUUAUUCUUAUUUGUUCACACUGCUGAGAUUAGCAAAAGAAAUUGCAAACCAUAUUAUUAUUAUAUUGUAACCAUGUUAAUAGCAAGACUGGUUGGUAGCAGUCCCUUUUAAAGAUUGUUCACUUACAUUUUUAAUGGUUUGAGUGUUUACACUUCAAGUGAAAUAAAGUACAUUCUGAAGACCAUAAUAUCUCCAUUUUGAAUGAUAUCAGAUUAUUUUUGUUAACUGUUAUGUAUCCGUGUUGUUUCUCUUGUAAUUAGGGAUCAAAAUGAAUGCUAGAAUAUUAAAGCCCCAUGGAAAAGAGCAAUAACUGUGUAAAAGAGCAAUAAUUGUGUAACUGUGUACAAAAACUGAUUACAUUCCAAUGGCUUUUGCAUUGUAGCUCAAAUGUGAAUAUAAUUUUGUUGAACAUUGAUUAAAGCUUAACUAUGAAGGCAAUCACUGAGGAAUAAUGUAAAAGGGAAUUACUUAAGAAUCAAAUAUAAACAAAUGCUGUGCAAUUUAUUCUAAA